UUUAUCACUGAGGUUUUACACAAGCUCUCUCUCUCUCUCUCUCUCUCUCUCUCUCUCAAAUCGAUCGGACAUGGAGUCCCUGGCCAGACUUCCCUCCUCCCACGCGCCGCUCCACCUCUCCCUCCCCGCCGCCAACCUCCGCUCCUCCUUCUCCUUCAGAGCCCUCCGCCUGCCGCCCCCGCCGCCGCCGCCGCGGUUCCCCUCCCUCCGAGCCUCCUCCUCCCGCGCUCCGCCCCCCUCCUCCGCCGCCGGCCGCCCCCUUCCUCCUCGUCGGGCCCCGACCCCCCCCCGCGCCCUCCGGACCGCCUGCGUCGCCCUGUCCGCCGCCGCCGCGCUGUUCCUCGCCCGCUUCCACCUCAAGCCCCCCGCCGCCGCCGCCGCCGCCCCGAUCGCCACCCCCGAGGUGGACGCCGGCGUUCCGUCCGAGGAAGAGGAGCGGGCCAUGGAGGAGCACGUGAGCCAGCACGGGGACGACGUGGAGGCGCUCCGGGCCCUGAUGGAGGUCAAGAUCAAGUCGAGGAAGCUCCAGGAGGCGAUGGGGAUCCUCGACCGCCUGAUCGAGCUGGAGCCCGAGGAGCGCGAGUGGCUGCUGCUCAAGGCCAACAUCUAUAGCUACAGCGGCGAGUUCGAGUCCGCGAGGAGGGCGUUCGAGGAGAUACUGGAGAAGGAUCCGCUCCGCGUGGAGGCCUACCACGGCCUCGUCAUGGCGGCUUCCGAGUCGGGGGACGAGUUGGAGGUGCUGUUGGGGAGGAUUAAGGUGGCGAUGGAGAGGUGCAAUAAGGAGAAGAGGAAGUCCGACGUGAGGGACUUCAAGCUUUUGAUCGCGCAAGUUCGGGUCGUCGAAGGGAAGUACAAUGAGGCUUUGAGGGUUUACCAGGAGCUGGUGAAGGAGGAGCCUAGGGAUUUCAGACCCUAUUUGUGUCAGGGGAUACUCUACACUUUGAUGAGGAAGCAAGAUGAGGCAGAGAAGCACUUCAAACAGUACAGGAGGCUUGUUCCGAAGAAUCACCCUUACGCGGAGUAUUUCGAUGAUAAUAUGUUCGCCACCAAGUUCUUCGCGCAAAAGGUGGAAAGGGAGAGAGCGGGCAUGAAGAGCUGAGGUGGAUGAGCUGAUUAUUUGCUGCUGUGAUCAGGUCUGCCUUACUCUAUAGAAAGGCUCAGAUCCUUUACUUAGCAAGAGUCUUGCCUUUCAUAAAUAUGGAAGAACACAUCAAUGUGGACCUAACUAUGAGCUGUGCUGUGGAUAGGAGCUUUCUUGUUGGUAGAUUUUAGGUCCUUAGUGUAGCAUUCCCGGAACAGAGGAGAGGUUUUGGAAGAGAAUUUGGUUGCUUUUGUCGGUCUCAACCUAUCUAUUAUUGAUGAUUAUGGGCAUAACUGCCAAUCUUUUGAUUUAAUGAUGUUAAUAACUUCUGUGGCCUU